AUGGAGAAGAUCCUUGUCCUCCUGCUGGUCACCCUGGCGGUGGCCUACGCGGUUCCUGACCCCCGCGGAAUCAUCGUCAACCUGGAGGAGGGCGAGCUCUGCCUGAACAGCGCCCAGUGCAAGAGCAAGUGCUGCCACCGGACCAGCGGGCUGAGCCUGGCCCGCUGCGCGCCCAAGGCCAGCGAGAACAGCGACUGCUCUGCCAAGACGCUCUACGGGGUUUACUACAAGUGUCCCUGCGAGCGGGGCCUGACCUGCGAGGUGGACAAGUCCAUCGUGGGCUCCAUCACCAACACCAACUUCGGCACCUGCCGAGACAAGGGACGCUCCAGGGAGUGA